AUAUAGAAGCCUCGGCGCGGCCCCCAGGUAGUCAGAUCUCACAGGCAUCGCAAGAAGAAAACAUGAGGGGAGUUGUAGUCUUUUGUCUCAUUUUUCUGGUCCUCCCAGGACAAGAAGUGAAUACUUCAACAACAGCAACAACAGCAACAACGGAAACGACAAAGGCGGGAACAACAGCAACAACGGAAACGCCAAAGACGGUGACGACAGUAACGACGGAAACGCCAAAGACAGUGGCGACAGUAACAACGGAAACGCCAGAAACGGUGACGACAGUAACGACGGAAACGCCAAAGACAGAAAUAACAGCGAGUGAAAAUCCACAUACGGGAACAGAGACAUCGCCUGAGUCCGGCGUCCCUGGUGACAUCACCACCAGCGCGGCUCCUCCCACCUCAUCCAAUCCGACCUCCUGCGCUCCCAGCCUCUGUGGGGAGGGCUCCACCUGCCUCCAGCUCCACCAGACCUACGAGUGUCGGUGUCCGCUCAACUACCACUAUGAGCCCAGAAACAAGACCUGCACAGGAGGUGACGGGUUUUUUGGCGAAUUCAGGAUAACAGCAGAAAAUUUCAAUUCCAACCCAGAAUCAGCAGAAUAUACAAAUCUAUACAAGAGCGUGAUGAAUGAGUCUAAUUCUUCUUUGUUCAACCUCAAUGGGUAUCUGGGUACAAUUGUAAUACAGAUGAGUUUGAGUUCUUCCAAAUCCCAGAGAAGCAGACGGAGCAGCGGAGAGGUCACCGCCAAGGUCAACCACGUAUUCCUGAAGGGCGCGACCACCGCAGACGACGUAAAGCAGGCGAUAGAGAAAAACCUCGGAUCAUUCGGAGCGUACAUCAAUAGAAGCAUCUGUGAUGGAUUCUACUGUGACCCAGAAAAUACGGACUGCACACCGACGACUGACGGUCAGGGGGCCACCUGCACCUGUAAAGAGGGGAAAUAUUCCAACCCGUCUGUAGCUGAAGUGACGAGCUGCAGAGAUUGUUCCCCCGAAUGUUCCCAAACUGAGGGCAAAUACUGCAACCUGGAUGCCAAGACCGGAGCCGAGUGCGCCUGCCUGCCCGGGUACAAGAGCGGCGGGGACACGUGCACAGAAUGUGAAUUUGGUUACUCGGGAGCUGACUGUGCCGACAAUUAUCUGCUGAUCCUGGUCAUCGUUGGCGCAGUGUUGGGCGCAGCGGUCUUGGCGUUGCUGGGUGCGGUGAUUGGCAUUUCCGUCAGCUCCAAGAAGGGAAAGAAAUCCGGCGACCGGACGACGCUGAUCGAGAGAGAUGAGCCAGCGCCCGCCGGGAGAAGCCCCGACCCUACGCGAAUUUUCCCGAAAGUUCAUGCAAAACCCGACCUGGGAGAAGUCAACAAGGCCGCCAAUUUCUAUGAGGACAACGAGGAGUUUUCACGCAACUAUCCCAAACGGGACUAUGAGGAGUUGCAGAGUCCGUGGUAUGAAAUGGCCAGAAAGGACCAGAAUUAUUAGCGGCGGCCCCCGGAGGGCGCUGUAACUAGCGCUGUUACCUAUUAGAACUGUCCUCAGCUUAUUGGCGGGUACAAUGAGUGUGUGCGAUAAGGAGGGUGUGACCGGCAAUGACCCCCAGAGCGGCGCUGGAGCCGUCACUGCACUCGCACCUGGACACAACGCGAUCAACGCGUUUCACUCCGCGAUCUUUUCUUUGUAAUUUAUUUACUAUGAUAAUGAAGAUUCCUGACAACUUUAUAAAACUGCAAAGUUUCUUCUUUGAUAUUAAUAAAGA